AUAAUUGCGGAAUCCAACAAUCACCAAACGCCAUUUGCUGAGCUUCUUCUCCUCUCAUCUCUUCUCCCUUCACACCAAUCACUUGUCUCUCUCUCUCUCGCCGGAAAGUUUAUAGCUUUACCGGUCUCCGCCGCAAUCGACCGGAUCGGGGGUUUCAUGACCGAUUACCGCCUCAACCGAUCAACGAACGGCACAACGGCGUCGAUUAAUCUAUGGACGGCGGACGAUGACGCGUCGGUGAUGGAAGCCUUCGUCAGCUCCGAUCACUCUGCUCUCUGGCCACCGGCUCCUCCGGCGGAGCAAUUAUCUGCCGGCGGUGACCAUCCCCAGCAGCCGGCGGCGGCGCAGUCGCGGUUGAACGAAGAUACUCUUCAGCAGCGACUCCAGGCCUUGAUCGAAGGCGCGAGAGAGACCUGGACCUACGCUAUAUACUGGCAGCUGUCGUACGACUCCAUCGCAGGCGGUGGAGACGGCGAGGGAACGGCCUUUCUCGGAUGGGGCGAUGGAUACUACAAAGGAGAAGAGGAUAAAGGGAAGAGCAAGAAACGGUGCUCCUCGGUUAACGCGGUGGAGCAGGAGCACCGGAAGAGGGUUAUACGGGAACUAAACGCGCUGAUUUCAGGAGGAGCGGUAGCUGGAGCCGCCGAUGAUGCCGGAGACGAGGAAGUCACCGACACAGAGUGGUUCUUCCUGGUGUCGAUGACUCAGAGCUUCCUGAACGGAACUGGAUUGCCGGGACAAGCGUUCCUACACUGUCGGACGAUCUGGCUUUCCGGGUCGGGAGCUCUGGCUGGAUCGGGUUGCGAGCGAGCCCAGCAGGGUCAAAUCUACGGAUUGCGGACGCUGGUGUGUAUUCCGUCGGAUAACGGCGUGGUGGAGCUGGGUUCGACGGAUGUGAUACAACAGAGCUCAGAUCUGAUGGAAAAGGUCAACACUCUGUUCAAUUUCAACAACGGUGGUGGUGAAGCGGGUUCGUGGACGUUCAAUCUGAAUCCGGAUGAGGGAGAAAACGACCCUACUCUCUGGAUAACCGAACCCACCACCAGAAUCGAUUCCGGUCACGUCAUCCCGACGGCGGCGAUCAAUAACGGUAACUCCAAUUCCAAUUCCAAUUCUCACCAAUUCCCAAAGCCUGGUCACUUUGAGAACGGUAGCUCGGUGGAGAACCCAGGGCAGAAUCCUCAGAGUUCGUCUCUGGAUCGAAAUUUGAAUUUGUCGAGUUCUGGGUUGAAUCAAAACGGGAACUUUUCAGAUGGGUCGCGCCCGAAAUCGGGCGAGAUUCUAAAUUUCUGCGGGAACAAGAACGGAAAUGGAACCGGGUUUUCGGGCCAAACCAGUUUUGCGGCAGCGGAGAACAAUAAGAAGCGAUCUCCGGUGUCAAAGGGGAGUAACAAUGACGAAGGGAUGCUUUCUUUCACUUGCGGCGUUGUUCUUCCCUCCUCCGCCGCAAAGUCCGGCGAUUCUGAUCACUCAGACGUGGAAGCUUCAGUGGCGAAGGAAGCAGACAGUAGUAGAAUAGUGGAACCGGAGAAGAAGCCGAGAAAGCGGGGAAGAAAACCAGCGAACGGGAGAGAAGAGCCGCUGAAUCACGUAGAGGCUGAGAGACAGAGGAGGGAGAAGCUAAACCAGAGGUUCUACUCGUUGAGAGCUGUGGUUCCAAAUGUUUCCAAGAUGGACAAAGCGUCUCUUCUGGGAGAUGCCAUAUCAUACAUCAACGAGCUGAAAUCUAAGCUGCAAGAGGCAGAAUCCGAUAAAGAAGAUCUGCAGAAGCAGCUAAACGAGCUUAACAAGGAAGGGUCUGGUAAAGAUUCACGCCCGCAGUCCAGUAAAGACCGGAAGGGACUGAACCAAGAUUCGGGACCAGCCAUGGAAAUGGAAAUCGACGUGAAGAUCAUAGGCUGGGACGUGAUGAUACGCAUCCAAUGCAGCAAGAAGAACCACCCUGGCGCUAAAUUCAUGGAAGCACUGAAAGAGCUGGACUUGGAGGUGAACCACGCGAGUCUAUCGGUGGUGAACGAUCUCAUGAUCCAGCAAGCGACCGUGAAAAUGGGGAAUCGGUUUCUGACACAGGACCAGCUUAAGGUAGCUCUAAUGGCGAAAGUGGGGGAGAGCUCAUGAAAUAAAGAUCACAUCUUUAGCAGAGGGUAAUCAAUCCUCGAUCCUUCACAAGAACAUCUGUUGUGAUGAUAAUGUAUUAUGCUAUAUGUGUAAGUGUAAGUACCCAUUUUGCGGCACCAACUUGUUGUUGUUCCAUUAAAGAGAGUUUGUAGUUUAGUGUUUCAUCUCAGUUCUUCAAGUAGCUUCGGUUAUGGCGUUAUUGGUUCACUCUGGUCUGUUCCCUCUCUAGCAAUUCGUGUAAAUAUUUUUUUUAUUAGGAAUAAACAAAAUGGGAAUAAAUUGGGUUCUA